UAUAAAUGCUCUUCUUCCUCACCUCGCCUCCUCCUCCCAUUUUCAACACAACCUGAAACCAGUGAGAGAGAGAGAGAGAGAGAGAGAGAGAGAGAGAGAGAGAGAGAGCUGAGUGGUUCUGUAUCACCAGCUGCGUACAAUCGAAAACGACGCCUUCCCAGAUUCCUCUCUGCAAUCUCUCUCCCUCGUGUUUCUCCACGAGUUUAUCUGCUUUCCGGGUUCGUGUUUAGAGACGAGAUCUUUGUCCAACCGUGGGAUUUUCUCGUCCAAACUUCUCCGAAGUUGCAGCAAUGGUGAUGUGGGUCUUUGGGUAUGGCUCACUUGUCUGGAACCCGGGAUUCGAUUACGACGAGAAAGUGAUCGGGUUCAUCAAGGAUUACAGGCGCGUCUUCGAUGUCGCUUGCAUUGAUCAUAGAGGCACACCUCAACACCCUGCAAGAACUUGCGCCCUUGAGAAAUCUGAAGGAGCCAUAUGUUGGGGCGCUGCCUUCUGCGUCCGUGGAGGAGCAGAACGGGAAGAACUCGUCAUGGAGUACUUGGAAAGGAGGGAAUGCGAAUAUGAUCUGAAGACCUACGUGGAUUUUUACAAGGAAGAUGAUCCGCUGCAGGCAGCUGUGACAGGAGUUAUGGUUUUCACUUCGACUCCGGACAAGGUUGCCAACAAAUUUUACCUUGGACCUGCUCCCUUGGAAGAUAUGGCCAGACAAAUUGCGACGGCUGUAGGACCAUGCGGUAACAACAGAGAGUACCUCUUCUUGUUAGAGAAAGCAAUGCACGACAUAGGGCACGAGGAUGAUUACGUGAUAGAGCUUGCCAACGAGGUGAGGAAGGUUCUCGGGUCUCCGACGGGAAUGAAAGCGAAAGGGAUGGCAAAGGAAACGAGGUCGGCGAUUUCGGCGAGCCGAGUAGCUCACAAGUCGAAGAGCAAUGUUCCCACGGCUCAUCAGCUAAGUUCUCAGCCAGAAGCCAUUGCCACAACUAUAUAACCAUUGUUGUAGUAGUCUUUAGACGAAGUAGUGAUGCUGAAUCAGAAGCAGAAGCUGAGCUUCUUCUUCUUCUUAAGCCAGAUCGUUGUCUGUUUUCCUUGAGAUCAUAUGAUGUCUCUGUACGGAACUCUGUUGUCUUCUUCCUGUCCUAACUCGCGUUACACUGUCUUGAAACUGUUUCGCUCGGAUUAACCUUCAUAUGUUUUUCA